AAAAAUAUAUAUUUUAUUUUAAUUAGAAAUGUUAAAUAGAUAAGUAUAAAUAUACAUUCUUUAUCACCUGCCAAGCUUUCGCAAAUUUUUUUUCAUAGAACAUUUUGAUUAGAAAAGAGGCUGAUUUAUUAAUUUUUUCAUCAAAACAACAAUUGUUUCAACUAGGGUUAGGUUUUAUUCUGUUUUAAAUAUCACCCGGUUUAAGAAAAAAAAAUCUUUUUUUUAAUUUUUUGUUGGUUUUUAUCAAGCAUAGGAGGCAAAGAAGGAGAAUUUGGUGUGAUUUCUCAAUUCAGAUUUUAGAGUUGUUAGAAUUGUAAGGUUUGCUGAUAUGGAAAGUUCAGAAGAUGGCGGUUCGCAUUCGGAACCUCCCGAUCCGGAUGUUCUUGAGAUUGAUCCAACUUGUCGGUACAUUCGGUACAAGGAGGUGCUAGGGAGGGGUGCUUUCAAGACAGUCUACAAGGCAUUUGAUGAAGUUAAUGGAAUUGAAGUUGCAUGGAACCAAGUUAGGAUUGAUGAGGUGUUGCAGUCGCCUGAUGACUUGGAGAGGCUAUAUUCUGAAAUGCAUCUCCUGAAAACAUUGAAACACAGUAAUAUUGUAAGGUUUUACAAUUCAUGGAUUGACGAUAAAAAGAAGACUGUUAAUAUUAUAACCGAGCUAUUCACUUCGGGUAGCCUGAGACAAUACUGUAAGAAACACAGAAAGAUUGAAAUGAAGGCUGUGAAGGGUUGGGCAAGACAGAUUUUGAAUGGUUUGAACUAUCUUCACAAUCAUGAUCCACCGAUUAUACAUAGAGAUCUAAAGUGUGACAACAUAUUUAUCAAUGGUAAUCAAGGAGAAGUUAAAAUCGGAGAUCUUGGUUUGGCAACUGUCAUGGAGCAGGCUAAUGCGAAAAGUGUAAUAGGAACCCCUGAAUUUAUGGCACCUGAGCUGUAUGACGAGAACUACAAUGAGUUAGCUGAUAUAUAUUCCUUUGGAAUGUGCAUGCUGGAGAUGGUCACUUUUGAAUAUCCUUACAGUGAAUGUAGGAACUCAGCUCAGAUAUAUAAGAAAGUUUCUUCUGGAAUAAAGCCUGCUUCCCUAUCUAAGGUUAAAGAUCCAGAUUUAAAACAAUUUAUUGAAAAGUGUUUACUACCAGCAUCUGAAAGACUGCCAGCAAAGGAGCUUCUGAUGGACCCUUUUCUCGAUGUGAAUGGAUUUGCAAGGAAUUCUUCCAUCCCUCGUUCUGAUAUUCUUAUGUCGAAGAUGACAGCUAUUGGAGAUCGUUGUUUGAUGUCAGAAGGACCUGCAACUGCACGGAAUAAGCCCCCCUCCAUGGAUUUGAGUCAUGAUCCUGAGAUUCCCACUAUCACUUCUUUUAACAGUUCUGUUGAUGAGGAUACCCAUUCUCUAUGCUUGGAGGUUCGAAGGGCAAAGAGAGGCAAUGUUUUCCUGUUAAGAGGUGAAGGAAAUGAUGAAAACUCUGUAUCAUUAAUACUUCGAAUGGCUGAUCAGAAUGGUGCUCGUGUAAGGAAUAUUCAUUUCCUAUUCUACCUUGAUGGUGAUACUGCGCUAUCAGUUUCAAGUGAAAUGGUUGAGCAAUUGGAACUCGAAGUUGAAAAUGUUAGAUUCAUAGCAGAGUUGAUUGAUUUGUUGUUGUUGAAAUUAAUACCCAAUUGGAAACCUGGUGUUCACAUUGAGCAUCUAGUGCCGCCAAGUAGAGAACAAACCCCUAGGGUCCAGUCAAAGGACUUCCAUUCAUUGGGAAAUGGAAAGAUGGCUGUGGCUCCUUUCCAAAAUGCUCAUGAUGCUGCCAAUCAUUCGAGGUGUUCAAGUCGCCCCAAUUCUCUUGGUGGAUCGAUUCCAACAGUAGGAGAAAGCCCCAGUACAGUGAAACUUGAUGAUUUGAUGUCCAAUCUUGAUGAUUUUGAUAGCCAGAAUCCACCUGCAGCCGAAGAUCGGCAUUCUGAAAUGUCAUAUGUUUCAGCAAACUCGAGUGAAUUGAAUGAUAGAAAGCUCUCCUUUACUUCAUACAUGUCCACAGAUUCAGGACCUGUGAACUUUGAUGGGAAUGGCUUGAGAGGUAUCUUGCGGGAUUUUUUAACUGAAAGGGAAAUCCUUACAUCAAUUGAUGACAGGGGCAAAUUUUUCGAAGCUGGUAUGAAUGGCUUCAUCUCUUCUGGUUACGCAUCUGAUGUUUCCUCUUCAUCUUGCAAGGAUGACAAUGAGGAGUUGAGAAGAGAACUGGGAAAGAUUGAACUGCAGUAUCAGGAAGCAAUGAAAGAAAUAUCCAAAAGAAGGCAUGAAGCUAUCGAGGAGACAACAAAAAGUUUGUCUCAGAAGAGUGUACAGUCGUUUCACUAGUCUCUACUUCAAGUUUGCUUCAGUUCUUUUUCCUUUCAAUCUUUGUUGAAAGUUCAGAUACUUUCUUUUGGAGGAGAAAAAUCAAGUGUAAAUGGAACAUCUCUUUCCUUUUCUUUUUUCCCCCCACACCGGAGGUCCAGCUUGAAAUAGUCAGGUCAAUUCCAUUUUUCACCCCUCGAGCAUAUUUAAAGAGGUCAAGGUGAAUGGAAGAAUGGAUUGGUUAAUCAUUACUGCAUAGCAAUUUUUAAUGCAAAACACACUCUUUUUAUGAUGUA